CAAACCUUCAUCUUUAUCGCUUUUGCCGUUUCCCACCGUCACGAAGCAAAAUCUUUUUCUCAAACGACCGCUUUAGCCCUUUUUCAUCAGUUUGCUUUCUUCAGACUCAAUCAGGAGUAUUAUUUUACAGUUGUUAGGCGUAUAAAUUUAAGGAUAACUACACACACGAAAUUAAUUAAUAUUCAUAUUUGUAAGUGCAUAAUUUGACGUUUAUAUCAGAUCCGUUCCGUGGUGUGCAUCCAGCAUUCAAUUAUAGGUUUUAUUGCAAGAAAAAGCUGAGAUUUUGACAAGAAAUAUGGAAUCAUCAUCUGGGGCAGCGCCGGAAUUCGAUUAUUUGUUCAAGUUGUUGAUGAUUGGAGAUUCUGGGGUUGGGAAAAGUAGUCUUUUGCUGAGUUUCACAUCUGAUGCUUUCGAGGAGCUAUCUCCCACAAUUGGAGUGGAUUUUAAGGUAAAACACGUAACACUUGGAGGAAAGAAACUGAAGCUUGCAAUCUGGGACACAGCUGGACAAGAAAGAUUUCGGACUUUGACUAGUUCCUACUAUCGAGGGGCUCAAGGAAUCAUCAUGGUAUAUGAUGUGACACGAAGAGACACCUUUACGAAUCUAUCUGAUAUUUGGGCUAAAGAAAUCGAUCUCUACUCCACAAACCAAGAUUGCAUCAAGAUGCUAGUUGGCAACAAAGUAGAUAAGGAGAGCGAAAGGGUUGUCAGUAAAAAAGAAGGAAUCGACUUUGCUAGGGAAUAUGGCUGCCUCUUCAUCGAAUGUAGUGCCAAAACUCGUGUCAACGUGGAGCAGUGUUUUGAGGAACUUGUUUUGAAGAUCUUGGAUACGCCUAGCCUCUUGGCCGAGGGCUCGGCUGGUAAUAAAAAGAACAUCUUCAAGCAGAGACCUCCCGAGUCUAGCGAUGCAUCGAGCAGUUGCUGCUGAAUCUUUUAUCGCUUGUGUUUUCGGUUUCGUGUUUCUGCAACUUUCAUCUCUUGCAUAAUAUCGUAUGUUGCUUAAGUUAUCUAACAUGGCAUUCUUGUUUGAUCUUUUGUUUUCAUCCAUAGAUUGGUGACUGCAAAAGAAAGUAUAAUGUAGUCUUAAAAGUUGGUUUCA